GCUAUCACUGUGCACGCGCGCCAUAUUGUGUCCGAGUGAUGUCGCAGAUUAAUAGUUUAAUCGUGUGUACGCUGUGUAGAGAGAACAUGUGGUGCUUUUUGUCUGCUAUAAUUGAUCACAAAGUCCAUGGGACCAUGCAGUGUAGCUCGCAGUAUCCUUCGGGUGGUGUGCCGGUGUCGAUUAUCGUAGUUAUGGCCCGUGCAUGCUUGCUUUGUUCCCGGCUUGUGAAAAGCCCGUGGCUCUCGCUGCGCUCGCAUCGGAUCAUCACAGGGCACGGAACAAUUUGUUGAAAGUUGUACUAUCACGGGUUGCCAUUCAUCCGCAAUUCCAACAGUUUUUACGCCGGAAGCACAGUCCUUGCCGCGGCACCUGUGACAUGAAGUACCAUUUGCCGAGUACUUCUGGAAAGAGCAAAGUCUAAGUAUCUACAAUGAUGGCCACAUGGGAGCUGGUAAGCACCGCCUUGGUCGCGAUGGUGGUGAUGGUCGCCACGUCGUGGGUCGUAUCCCGCCGCCGGCAGCACAGCCUCUUCUCAGGACUGGGAUACCCGGGGCCUCCGCCGGAUCUCGUGUGGGGCAGCUGGAAACAACUGAAGAAGGACAGGAUUCCGGUGAUGGGAGAAUGGAUACGCAAAUAUGGCAAGAUCUUUGGUUUCUACCUGGCUGAAAAGCCCUACAUGGUUAUCACGGACGUCGACGUGAUCAAAGAAAUAUUCAUCAAGGACAGCCGCAUAUUCCAAGAUAGACCAUUGUAUGCCCUUGACGUGGAACCCAUGACAAGCUCCGUCUUUUUUGUAACAGGUUCCGAGUGGAGGAAGGUGCGCUUUAUCAUGAACCAGGGUUUCACAGCCACAAAAGUGAAACUCUACUCCGGCAUCGUGAACAAGUGCGCAGACGUGUUCGUCGACCUGCUCGGAGAACUCUGUUCCAAAUCAAAAGUCGCUGAGAUGUACGGGCUCGCUCAGAGUUUGGCACUUGACAUCAUCACGAAGGCAGCGUUAGCGUGGGAGAUUGACUGCCAGCGAGAAAGCAAGGACCCUUUCCUCACGUGGAUGCGCAAGGUCUUCGAACAAGCGGACAAAACGGCUCUCGAGAGCUCAUUCGCAUUUCCCGCUCUGCGCCCGCUUUUUCUCCUGUUCUACCCACUGUCGUCCUUUGCUCGGUGCAUGAAGAAAAUGAUGGACGACGUGGACAAAAUCACCGAGGAGCGUCGGAUGGGGAAGAGGCCCCGCAGUGAGGACAUGAUACAAAUGAUGCUGGACGCCCAGGAGAACGCAAAGAACUUCAAUAAUGCCGCCGGUCAGAAGGUUAAAACUCUGGAAGACCGCCAGGUCAGUUCCAACGCCGUGGUACUUCUCAUAGCGGGCUUCGACACAACCGCGUCGGCGCUUUCCUUCCUAAUGCACCUGGUAGCCAAGCACCCCGAAGAACAGACGAAGAUUUUGGACGAACUCGGGGAACGCUUCCCGGGCGUACAAGAACUAUCGUUCGAGCAGCUACACGAGCUGGAGAGACUCGACAUGGUGGUCAAGGAAGCCCUACGCCUCUACCCGCCUGUGCCGCUCAUGGUGGCACGACGUUGCAUACAAAACACGACGGUUCUCGGGCACUUCAUUCCUGCAGGCGUGAACAUCAUCGCGCCUGCCUGGUACGUUCAUCGCGACCCGGAGCUGUGGAGGGAGCCGGAGAAGUUUAUGCCCGACCGAUUCUCGGAGGAAGAGUCCAAGAAGCGCCACAGCGCCGCCUACUUUCCUUUCGGCUUAGGUCAGAGGACCUGUCUCGGCAAGCGAGUGGGACUGAUGACGAUGAAAACUGCCUUGAUAAAAACCCUCCGAGACUACAAGCUGGAAGUCUGCGAAAAGUCGCAAGAUCCCUUGCUCAUGACUGUUCCGAGCCUGGUGGGUAAUCCGAUGGGCGGUGUGCAUCUGAAGCUUACUGCACGGCAUGCUUAAGCGUGGUCAAAAAUCUGUAACAUGCAAUGCCUGUGGUAAGAAUGAAAAAAGACAAAAAAUGCAUUGUAAGACAUAUGUUGUAUGCGUUGUUCUCAGUUCUGACUCUCUAUGAUAUCCAUUAAAAUGUGGACACAUUAAA